AAACUAAACUAAUUUGAUUUUGAAAUGAAUUCCUUAGUUAUUAAUACAUACGUGGUGUUCUUAUUAAUAUUUAAUGUAUUUUUAAUUACAAUUAAUGCUAAAGAUUUAAAAAAUGAAGUUACAACUUCGCCUACACCCACCUCAACAUUGCAACGUUCAACUUCGGCACGUGUAAUUGUGGAGUCCGAAGGAUUAACUAAACGAGAUAUAAAAACAACUGAUUUAUCAUCGGCAAAUACAGUUGGAGUUGCAGCCAAAAGUUAUGAUCCUCCACCAGAGUUUUAUCGAGGUCCUGGAUCAACAGGUCAUUUCAUAUCAACAGUAGCACCUCCACACUACAACAGUAACAAUUAUAAACCCUCAAAUGGUUUUAUAUCCAGGCCCAUAGCAUUUCCAGACACUCACAAUUCCAACUACAAUAACAACAACAACAAUCAUAACAAAUACAAUGGAGCUGGUGGUGGAGGAGGUAGUGGGACACAAGAUAACAGCGAUGUACAUUUGGCCAACAGUUACAAUUCUUGGCAACAUCUCAAAGGGAAAGUGGGAGCUCUGUUUAAUAAAAAAGGUGCUCUGCAGGAUAGAAUCAGCGUGGGACAUUAUGGUACAUCAGAGCAUGGCGGCAGUAGCAGCUCAAAUGGUGGCUAUGCAUAUGAAAGUCGUCCUUAUGGUGAAAAAGAACAUCAUGUAGAAUACAUACCCACCAGUGCACACUAUGGUGGCAGUUUGGCUUCUACUGCUCAUACGGGUAGUUAUUACGGCAGUAGUGCUGCAGCAGAAGGCAUUCCAUUCGAUGUUUAUGGUGGCAAAAAUCACUAUUCAAGUUCAGGUGGUGGCGACUAUCCAGCCUACUCCUACACAGAAGGACAUGAACCAGCUGUACACAAAUCUCAUCCAGACAUAUCAAAAAAAGCCCUUUUAGCCAAAAGCUUUCUCAUACCUCUGGCCAGUGCUGCUGUUUUAGGUAUAGCUGCUGCUUUGGUCAGCAAUCCCUUUCUGUUACAAUUGGGCACUGUGUCUGGUGUGGCGCCGGGUGCUACUAUUUUAGGCAAACGUAAACGAAGAGACCUGACCACUUCCGCAACUCCCAAUGACAAGAGCACUAAUAGCUUAGACUUAGCUUUAACUUCUGAGGAGGACAACAAAAAGGAUUCAACAUUACUUCCUUAUCGUGCUCAUCAUCAUUGACAUUUUGUGCGUACAUAGAACACACGUGCAAUACUUGGAAUCUAC